AGGGUGUGGCACCACUCUUCUGUACACCAGGAUUGUUGGAGGUCAAGAUGCUCCAGCUGGAAGUUGGCCAUGGCAAGUUAGUCUGCAGAGAUUUGGUGGCCAUGUUUGUGGCGGUUCCCUCAUCAACCAAGAGUGGGUGAUGUCUGCUGCUCACUGCUUCUCCAGUGCAAGUACGUCUGGUUGGAGCGUUUCUCUGGGUCUUCAGAGCCUACAGGGUGACAACCCAAACCAAGUGUCCAGAACUGUUUCCACCAUCAUUUUGCAUCCAGACUACGACAGCUACACCAGCAACAACGACAUUGCUCUGCUCAGACUCUCCUCACCAGUCAGCUUCACAGACUACAUCAUACCUGUGUGUCUGGCAGCGAGUGGCAGUGUGUUCAACAACGGCACUGAUAGCUGGGUCACUGGCUGGGGUGCAGUCCAGGAGGGAGGUGAGUCUGGACGUUUGCUGAUCAUUACUUUUGGUUGAGGUCACUGUUCACGU